AUGAGAAUUCUUAUUACUAAUGAUGACGGUCCUUUAAAUGACGAUUGCUCUCCAUACAUUAGACCCUUUAUUCAACAUAUUAGAAGAGCUCAUCCCCAUUGGAAAAUUACCGUCUGUGUUCCACACGUUCAAAGAUCAUGGAAUGGGAAAGCUCACUUGGCCGGUAAAGAUCUGACAGCAACAUUCAUCUAUUCAGAUAUAGAGAAAGAUGACAAUUCCUUUUGGGGUCCAUUCAAUAAACCACAAUUAUUACAAUCCAAGGACUCAAAAUUACCUUACAUUAUUAACCCUGAAAUUCCCUCCGAUUCAAUCGAAUGGAUCCUGGUCAAUGGUACCCCCGCAUCGUGUGCAAACAUUGCAUUGCAUCUUUUGAAAGAUACGAAGUUUGAUUUGGUGAUUUCGGGUCCAAAUGUCGGUAGAAACUCAUCUGCUGCGUAUAUUACUUCAAGUGCAACUGUGGGUGCCGCUAUGGAAUCGGUCAUCACUGGCGAUACGAAAGCAAUUGCUGUAUCGUGGGCAUAUUAUGAUAACAGGAAGAUUGUGCCGUCGAAGCUGAUGAAGAUGGCCUCUAUAAGAACCACUCAAAUCAUAUCACAUCUAUGGGAAAAUUGGGAUCCUCAAACGGAUAUUUAUAGUAUAAAUGUACCUUUAGUUGAUGAAUUGUCGGGCUCUACAAAGAUCUUUUAUGCCCCAAUAUGGGAAAAUAGAUGGACUGCGAUCUUCAAUGGACCUCAUGUUAGAGAACCAAUCAAGGGUAACUUAAUUGAAGAUGGGAAUGAUACUGAUCAAAUUUCUUUCAAUUGGUGUCCCGAUUUUAAAAAUCAUAAGAAUUCAUCACAUUAUGAUGGUUUGGUCGACAGUGAUCAGAUCGCUCCUGGAACUGAUAUGGAUAUCAUUGAAAGGAGAAAUAUUAGUGUGACGCCAUUGAGAGCUACUUUUAGAUCAAUGGAACAUUUAAAUGGAGAAUUGAUUACGAAAUCAAAUAAUACAAUUGUAGAUGAGGAAACUGUGGCUAUUGACAAUUCAACCAACGAUUUUGUUGCUGCAUUGACAAUCUCUAGAGAUGAAUACAUCUAUGAACCAAUUAAAAAUGCAUUUAAGAAAUAUCUUCCACUGUAUACCAUUCAAUCAAGAUUACCAGAUAAUUUUUCAUCAAUGAAGAAACUUAUUCAAUAUGGUGAUUAUGAACAAUUAGAUGUCGAUAAAUUAAUGCUAGAAAAUUCAAAAUAUUUUGCUAAUUCGUAUAUCUAUAGAAAGGCUCUCAUUAGGAAACAUUACUUGGCUCAUACUAUCCAUAGUUAUACUGUGAAACACCCUGAAUCAAUACUAAACAAAGCUGUGUUGGAGUCACAUACUUUGGAUCUAGAUUACGCCGAAUUCUUAGACGAUUCAUUAGAUGAAAACUGGGAACUAAGACAAGAAUUGGAAAACGAAAAGAAAUGGUGGAUAGUUAAACCAAGCAUGAGUGACAAAGGUCAAGGUAUUAGAGUGUUUAAAACCAUUGAUGAUUUACAAAAAAUCUUUGAUUCAUUUGAUGAUGAAGCAAAUGAUGAUUCUGCUGAAUUCAUGGACGAUAAUAAGAUUAUCAUCUCCCAAUUGCGUCAUUUCAUUGUUCAAGAAUAUUUAACUACUCCUCUAUUGUUACCAUCUAUGGAUAAUAAAAAAUUCCAUAUUCGUUGUUACAUUACAUGCAAGGGAGAUUUGGAAGUAUUCGUUUAUAACAGAAUGCUUGCAUUGUUUGCUCCAACUAAAUAUAAUGAUGUCACUAAGGAGACAGAGUUUGAUCCAACAGAUUUAAAGAAAUUACAAAGUCACUUAACUAAUACUUGUCUUCAGUCGAAGAACGAAACUAAAGAAUUGUCGGUUAUGGAAUUUGAUAAUCUUAAUGAUAUCUCCAAUGAUAAUAAGAGAAAGAUAAUAAAACAAAUCCAUGAGAUUUCACAUGAUGUUUUUCUGGCUGCUGUAACAGUCAACAGAAUGAACUUUCAACCAUUGCCUAAUGCGUUUGAAACAUACGGUGUUGAUUUCUUGGUUGAUUCUAAUUAUGAGGUCAAAUUGCUUGAAAUCAAUGCAUAUCCAGAUUUCAAACAAACUGGUGAUGAAUUGAAAUCAUUAAUCGAUGAGCUUUUCCUAAAUAUCACAAAGAGUGUCAUACGCCCAUUAUUAGAUUCCGACCAAACCGAAGAUUGUGAUGCAGAAAUAUUCACAAAGGUACUAGAACAUAAAUCUAAUGAAUGGAAUUAG